GUUCACUUUCCAUAUCUAAACUAAUGCGGUCAGAUUAAACUUUUCCUUAAGCAUAUUUGUGAAACGUUGAUUACACUACAACGGACCUUUAAGCGCAAUUAUUUGUUGCAUUGCAUUUAACGCCAGUUUCUGCGUGAGUUGUUACAUGCGAGAGCUGCAACAUGUUUUCUUUGAUCAAAAUCGCAAAUAAAACUCGAGCUGUUUUUGGUGGGUCGCAUGUUUGGAAAACAUGUGCUUCUCCAAGAGUGAUAUGCUGUGAAUAUGUUGACAUUGAUCAGACAAAUGGUACAGCUGUAAGGCGAAUGUCCGGGAAAGCUUUGAAUGUCCCACCGAGCGCAGAGUUUGUGGCGAGAGUGAGCGGCAUUGCGACUAUGUGUAAAUUACCGUUUCAGAAAACAGCGGACGGUCUGGACGCGGCUUUUGUCGGAGUUCCUAUUGACACGGGCACAUCCAACCGCCCAGGUGCAAGGUUUGGUCCUCGUCACAUCAGGGCAGAAUCCUCUAUGUUGAGGGCAUAUAACAGCUGGACGAGAGCAGCACCAUACGAGUCACUGAAGGUGGCAGAUAUUGGUGACAUUAACGUCAACCUCUUUGAUCUGAAAGACACCUGCAAAAGAAUCCGAGAGGGUUACCGGGAAAUUGUAGCCACCGGCUGCAUUCCACUUACAUUGGGAGGUGAUCAUACGAUUGCAUACCCAAUUCUUCAAGCAGUGGCUGAGAGACAUGGACCAGUGGGCCUGAUACACGUGGAUGCACAUGCAGACACUAGUGACAUGAUACUGGGUGAGAAGAUUGGUCAUGGGACCCCUUUCAGGCGCUGUGUGGAUGAGGGACUGCUGGACUGCAAGAGGGUCGUCCAGAUCGGGCUACGGGGGCCGGGUUAUUCACCAGAUAAUUAUGAGUGGAGCCGAGCACAGGGUUUCCGUGUAGUGGAGGCCGAAUGCUGGCACAAAUCCCUUGUUCCACUCAUGGAGGAGGUUCGGGCACAGAUAGGUACUGGACCGGUCUACCUCAGCUUUGACAUAGACAGUCUGGAUCCUGCAUUCGCUCCAGGCACCGGAACACCUGAGAUUGCAGGGCUCACUCCCAUUCAGGGUCUGGAGAUCAUUCGAGGUUGUCGGGGUCUUAAUCUUGUAGGCUGUGAUUUAGUAGAAGUUGCUCCACCUUAUGACACCACAGGGAACACUGCUUUGACUGGGGCCAACCUCCUUUUUGAGAUGUUGUGUGUGCUUCCAAAAGUUAAAUAUUAUUGAGAGCUUCUUUUUGGAUAAGCUUGUUUGGUGAAACUCCUGAGACUAAAAAUAUUUCAAAAUAAUUUGAACUGUGAAUGUAUAAUACAUGUGCAUGAGCAUACUGAUUGAUGUACUUUGGUUUUAUAGUAAAUAUAUCAGAUUAUAGUAUAAUAAUCAGUAUUAAGAUCAAAGUAUUAUCAGCAAAACCUUGCCUUUUAUAUGGAAUAGCAAAAUGGUGCCAUAUUUUCCUAAUGGCUGAUUAAAAUAAUAAGAAAAUCUGAUGUCAAAACCUUGAUGUUUCUGAAUAACGGUGGGAGAAAUGCUACUAGUAUAGCACAGUGGAACAAUCCCACAUAAUUAAUAGUAUUGUGUAAUGAAUGUUCAUUGAACACCAUAUGAAUAAAGCAAUAUUAUAACAUAAA